GGUCACCUACAUCUCUGUUCCAGACCAUGACGUGGCCACAACCUGACGGGACCGAGGUCGCCAUUUCGUCUCAUUCCAGAUGGUCUCCAAAGCUGGGAAAGAGACCUCCUCGGGUGCGUCGACGCCAAAGGUGAUUGGCAGGGCUGCGACGUUCCAUGAUAAGUAUUGGGCGCUCGAUUGGCACCUGGUCAUCAAAGUCUCGUAUAGCGGCCCGGUCGUUUUCUUGAGAGAUUCCAGCGGGGCUUACUACCCCUGCGGUGGAGUGAAGAAUUAUGCGUUUGAUAAACUGGAGGUUGCUGAGGAGUACAUGAGAUUUCACGUCACCACUUGCUUCGACGCUGAUGGUAACGAGGAACCGGACAACUACAAACAGGUGUCACUACAUUUGCAGAAGUUCAUCGGGUACGGCAUGCGGGCCGCUGCUAUGCCUCCUUUUGAUAAGUCGCGGAAAAAAGACGGAUCGCAGGUUGUGAUGCUCCGCCCUUUCGAUUUUCUCAAGAGAAUUAACUGCCACAAGGUGUCUAGCCAUGUGUGCACGGUGGACAACAAAUUGGCGCUCUCGGAACCCCUCAUACCGUUCGAUAUUCAACUUGACGAGUUCGCAUCGAAGCUUCGGUCUUAUAAAUUGCAGGCGCUUGGCCAGGCUAUUCUACACAGUGCGAUCUCUGUUGGGUCGCCGCAUGGCGGUGGGGACCCGGGUGCUCGACAAAUCAACUCGGUGGGAAUUACCGAACGUGAUAAGGUCGUAGAGAAGUCUGAGUCUGUCCAGAAGUCUGAUCUCGCGCCACGUUGGCUAACGAAUAUGGUGUCCAAACGGUUAUCGCCGGGUCUGAAGCGAUGGCAAGGUCCGACAGAAGUUUCAUCUUCACGUCAUGAUGGUGGCAGGGGAGUUGGCAAGGAUCCUGAGAAGACGGAGGACGACUUAUCAGCUGAGCAACCUGUGCUUGAGAGAAAUGCUGAAGGGUACGAAGGAUAUGAUGAAGACGAAGACGAUCAGUUCACUGUCUACGACGGUGGUGACAGUGACGAACAGGGAGUCGGGGACGGCAAGGAAGGGGUGGAAGACGAGGACGGAGGGGAUGACGAUGACGGUGGGGAUGACGAGAAAGACGGUGACGACCAUCGUGGGCUAAAAGAUGGCGAUGACGACGAGGGAACUGGGGUUCGGGGGGCGGAGGACGAAGACAGCUAUGAAGCGGGGAGCGAAGGGGAAGAGGACGAAGCCAAUGAAUACGGAGUGUCUGUCAAUGAGCCUCGCAAAUACGCCGACAGUCAGAGGCUUCGCUCUAGAGACGAGGACGUCCUCAACACACAGAGAUCAGUAUGCUCGCGGAAGAGAAAAUCGAGAGCUAGCGACGGUGGAAAGGAAGUUGCAGACUCUGGGGACGAGGCGGUCGGGGUUGACCCUCGAGAUAAUAUGUCCAAGCCGGAACAGUUGGUGUCGGAUGCUAUCGACACAACGAGAGGUUUCUUUCUGGAGUAUGAUGACGACGACAAUGCGAUCGACCAGCCUGUUCAGGUGUUCGUAGAUGUCCGCAAGAUUUUGCCGAACCCAGACAACGGGGAAUUCCAGUACAAUCACAGACCCCUGAACGAGAUGUUGGUCGCCUCCAUCAAAGACGCUAUGGAACGGCCAGAGAAACAGAAAGAAUGGGACAGAAACACCUUUAUUCUGGCUCCUGUUAUAGAAGUCACGCGGAACGGGCAGAAACAGUGGCAACGUUUGAAACCCAAGGACUGGAGGGACGAGGAUGUCAGUUCGUACCAUUGGUAUGCCGUGGCAGGCCAACACACGGUGGAAGCUGCGAAGAGGUUGGAGACAACGAACUCUCCCUCUGCCAGGAAAUGGGGCGUGUGGUCAUGGAAAGCGCGUGCGGUGUACUUCGAUGAUGACCAUCUUGACGGGUAUGCCGACAUUUUCACAUUUGACAACACGAGGGAGACUCGAUCUAUCCCUUCGUCGUUUAGAAUGGUUGUCACCGCAAUAAGAGGGUUGUGGGGUCAUAUGAAAUGCCCGAAGGGCGACUGGCAUCUCGCGAAAACAAAAGAUGACAAGGUGGCGCAGCAGCAGAACUAUCAUGCUUUUCUGCACAAAGCGAUACGGAUGACACCAGACACUGAGCUCUGGAAUCAGUCGCUGAACAACAAAUUUGUCCGUAAUUGGUCCAACCUCUUGAGGCCGUUCAUGUGCCUUGCCCCCACUGGCAACGCAGUGUGGCAGUUGGUGAACCGGUUCUUCGACAUGUGGGAGAAAGGGGAAUUGCCUGGGCAGGAUGGAGUCAGGCCGGUUGAUCAAGAGGGGAGGCCACGCGAGGCGUCCGGUGCAGGUCCAGCUGCCAAAACAGUGAAACGGAAAAAGGAACUGGUGCACUACGUGCAGUCGAACAAAAGUCCAAAUGGGGAAGGUCGUUGUCACCACCGGCAGGAGUUUCGCCAAGAAACUGAUAACAUGAACGACCUCUACACAGAAGUGCGCAGGGAGAGAUACAUGGUGCGCAUGUUCAAGUACGUGCUCUUCAAGUCGGAACGCAGGGGACAGCGUGAGUGGAAUGACGAUUUCUUCAUCGGGUAUGAUGAUAUUAUGAAGAGGUUUGAGCCGCACGGGUUGACGAAAGAGAAAUGGGAGAAGAAGAAGAUGAAACUUCCAGUUGAGAUAACGAACAACGUGCCGAAACGACUGGGGGGGGUGGAUGAGGGAAAGUUGGGACAGGGUAAUGUGGGGGGGUACAAGGUGAUGAUUGAAAUGUAUAUCGAGUGCCCGUACUUCAUCAAACUGUUCCUGCAUGAGAUAGUGGGAGCGGUGAGCCAGUUGAAGGACGAGCUUCAGCGCGUCAACGCAAAUGCACAGCAUAUACUGUGGGAUAAGGGGAAGUGUAAUACAACGUAUUUGCCUGUGUGCAUGGCGCCGUUGGAUGGGCUGCAACCGACAGAGGAUCUGACUCAUGCUGUGAAGAAAUUGAGUUGUCACCUUGCGGUGCUGGACCUGGCUCCCCACAAGAAUCUGGAUUCAUGGACGGAGCAGAGGUUUGCAAACAAGGGUGCAGGAGAGCAAGAUAUCAGCAAAAAGGUGAACUCCGUAUUUGAAGCGCUGCUUCAAAACAAUCUUCUGGAGUAUUGCGCUGCUUUCUAUGAGAGAAAAUCGAGCCCUUCACAAGGACAGAUUAGAUGGCCAUUGGAGUGUCGCCAGACGGAACAAUUGUACGACAGUGACAUAUUGGUGGGGUGCACUCAAGCCAUGGAAGAGAAUAUCCGAAACGGGUCUAGACAAGGAGCCGUUAAGACGAGUGUUGCUGAAAAGGAAGGGCAUGAGAGGAAGGACGUCGAAUGUAAAAAACAGGGAACUCAUGAGGCAUCAGUUGAUGAGCUACUAAAAAUGCCGUUUUCUGAGGGCGUUGGUGCGGUGCCAGGGGAAAAGACGGCAGGUCCGGGAUGUGGUGGGGAAGAGGCAGGAAAUACAAAGGAACAGGGGGAAAAGGAGGCCACAACCGACGAAGAUGCGGGAGAUGCCGGGGAUGGGGGUGCCCAGCGGGUGCCCAGUGGACUCGGAGACCCGUUUUCGGCAGCCAACACAGGCAUGUCGUCACAUGGAGGACGAAGUGGGGGGAAGCACGAUGCGGGAGAUGCACUGGUAUUUGGAGGAGCAAGCCCUCGGGACACUACCGAGCCUUUUGCUGAUAACAGAGAUGAGGGGGACAAACUUCUGCACAUGGUAUGCACUAGCUCUGGCUCGCAGAUAGCCCCCGACUUGAUGGAGAGGGAAGAAGGUGGUGGCAUGGAGGGAGUUCGUAUGACACAUGGUCGUGAAGUGGAAAAUGAUGAUGAGGAAGUUGACAAGGAUGCAAACCUCGAACACAACAUGGACGUGGACAGCGAGGAUGGAUUGGGAAAGGAAGCUUCCUGCCGUGGCAGAUCGGGCGGUAGCAGUUCGAACGUGAUCAACUUAAUCGAGCAAUCAGACCUGCUCUCCUCUGCCUGCGCGCAGCUCCUUUCGCGAAUGAGAAUCAACUUCUCAGCGUUCCCUCUAGAUCCUGCUACAGGAAAGAACUCGCUAGAACAUGGCGUGUUGCCUCAGUAUGUGUAACGGUAUGAACUUCCGGUUAAAACAUGGCCAGAUACUCCCUCUCCGAAUGAUCCUCCCGCUGUAACAAAGCCAGAUGCACGCG